CACUGGGUCUCAGCAGAACCUUCUGUCUCCAGUGUGACUUCUACAUAAGCCAGAGAGAGCAGCUGAUCGUCCAUUUACAUCUAAUUCUUAAAAACAGAUUCAGAAUAAUGGGAGUGACAACCAGAUUGACAUGGAAUGAGGAAAAAAGUCUGCAAAAGCUGCUUGGAAGUGUUUCCUUGAGUCUUCUUUAUAAAUCCAGUGUCCAUGGAUAUUCCCUUAGUGAGAUGUUUGCUAGGUGCAGUCAUCAGGGGUCCACUAUAACAGUGAUUUACCUUCCUAAAGAAAUUGUUGGGGUCUUUAUCCAUGGGCACUAUCCUACAAUGAGUGUAAAUUUUGGAAAACCAGACUCUUCCUUCUAUUUUUCAUUAAAAAAUGAUGAAACUGAAAUAAAAACUGCAUUUUUAAAUACAACACUACAAAUGGAUCAUAAAAUACUGAGGGCUUAUCACCCUAAUUUUAAGAACAUUUUCUCCUUAAUUCCAAGUGAUUCCUUAGUUUCUCUACAUCCAUUGUUAGUAAAUGGAUUAGGAGUAAAUUUCAAGGCCUCAAAAUAUUUGGAAUGUGAAGUUUUUCGAGUUGAAGGAAUUGAGGAUGGUAACGGCUACAUAAGCAGGAUAACAGGAGCCGCACAGCAUAGACAUAAGCUCCUAGCAAACCUCAGAGCCUACAAACCCUCUGAAGAUUUGGUUUCAGAAAUUCGUAUUCUUUUGCUGGGUCCAGUUGGGUCUGGAAAGUCCAGUUUUUUCAAUUCAGUGAAGUCUGUUUUCCAAGGCCAUGUGACUCACCAAGCCGCUGUGGGGUUCGAUAGCACCAGCAUUACUGAACUGUAUAGGAUAUAUUCUAUUAAAGAUGGAAAAGAUGGAGAAUCUCUGCCAUUUAAGUUGUGUGACUCCAUGGGGCUGGAUGAGAAAGAAGGAACAGGAUUGUGUAUGGAUGACAUACGCCACAUCUUAAAAGGCUGCAUGCCAGACAGAUAUCAUUUUAGUCCCCAGCAACCAAUUACAUCCAGACAUCCUAGCUUCAUCACCUCUCCAUCACUGAAGGACAGGAUUCAUUGUGUGGCUUAUGUCUUGGAUAGCAGCUCUAUCAACAUUCUGUCCUCUAAAAUGGUGGAAAAGUUAAAGCGAGUUCAAAAAGAAGUAUUAAACUGUGGUAUACAACAGGUAGCCUUGCUUACUAAUGUGACAAAUUACCAAAAAGUUCUUCAAGAUGACUUUUUAAACAUGAAAAAAUGUGUGACUUCUGAAUACAAGAUAAUGCAAGUUCAAGAAAUGCUACACAUUCCUACUUCUAAUAUUUUGAUGGUUGAAAAUUAUACUUCAGAAUUAGAACUGAACCCUUUAAAGGACAUCCUGAUCCUCUCUGCUCUGAGGCAGAUGUUACGAGCUGCAGAUGACUACUUAGAUGAUUUGCCUUUUGAAGAAACAGAUGAAGUUGUGGGAAUGUCCCAGCUCCAUAUGUGUGAUUAGUUGCCCUGAUUCUGACACUUGGCCCAAACAUGGAUUGGCAAGCCUCAAUCAGAGUUGCUCUCUGCUGCCAGCCUCUUUGAGACUGUGUUCAUCAUGCUUUGCCUUCUGUCCCUAACAGCAUCUGAUAGUUCAUUCUAGAAUCAGUCUAAUCUCAAGGUUAAAAGCCAACCCUAAGCAGUGGUGGGCCAAAAUAUCCCUACUGUAAACCACCCUUCUUAUUUCUGUACCAUUUGCAAUUUAAUUUCUGUGACACAUUCUUAAACCCUCCUAGUCAAAUUAACUAUUUCUUUACCUAUUAAUUUAUAACACUUUAAUUAACACUCUAUGUGAGUAGUAUUCAUAUUGAAUAAUAACUGUACAAUGACUACACAGAUAUUUGCUUCCCUAAAUAGGCCAUGAAUACUUUAAGAAGCCAGGUUUGGAUUUUACUUAUUUUUGUGUUCACAGAACUUUACACAGUAUCUGGCAGGAAGCAAGCAUACCAGUCAUUAUGCAUCCCCUUUGACCUUCCCAGAAUGGCAAUGUGUACUUAAGUUUUUCUCCUUAUAAAAAGGAAGACUAGGAAACAAUGAAACGCUAGAAAGAGGAAAUGGAAAUAAAGGAGAGUGAAUGUUUCACUUAUAACUGAAUGAAAAUAGGAAUUGAAGUUAAUUAAAAAAGAGCAAACAUUUCUUAAGGACUUAGAUUCUUUUUCUGUGAAAAAAAUAAAUUUUCUUCCCCUAAGGAACUGAUGCCUGAUUUCCGGUAAUUGAAUUCCAAACUAUCCUAACCAUGUCUCCAAAGAAGAGUUAUCAAAAUAAGAUUACUAGUGCAUGUCAGUUAGAGGUUUGUCAUAUACAAGUGCUCCCAAAUGAUUCUAAAAUCCUUCAGGAAGCUAUAAAAGUUAGGGCUAUAAAUAAAGAAUACAUGAAUUCAUGAAGAUAUAUUUCAGUUUUUUCCCCUAAAGCAAACUUCACUCUUUUUUCUAAAUUUCUUAGACUUUUUCAAAUGAAUAUGUUUUGCUUCAAUAGUUAUUUAUAGUAAAGCAGUCUAAUUUAUGUUUAAUCAGAAUUAUUGUCUUCUUUGGGAAGUCCUGGGUAGUAUGAGGGGAAGAAUUCCUUAGAGAUAGUUACUAAAAAUAUUUCCUAAAGCAGUGCUUCAUGUGAAAUUGUGCUCAAAUGAAUGUUCAAGAGCCAUGAUGCAGUGGAAGAGAUAAAUGGAGUCUUUAGAUCUUGGAAUAGAAUCAUCAUAGAUAUUGAGGAGUAGAGCCAGAGCAGAUAUUGGGAACAGAAGUAAAGUGGCAGCCAGGAUGGUUAUGAUGUGGAUCUAGGGAGUAAUAGAUCCAAAAAGUAAGGUGUGUUCAUUUUCACAUAAUCCAGAGAGGGGGAUGCUAUAACUAUAUUUCUUUGAGAGAGAUUGAAGGUGAUUUAAGAGCCACCAUUGUGCUCACCCACUAUGGGGCCAUAAUUAAUCCAUUUCCAGAGUGGUGCCAGCAAAAAAUAUAGGCAGAAACAGGUUUUGCUAGAGGCAACAUUUGAUUCAAGGUGUAAGUUUUUUUACUUAUUUGAAGGGGAAGCAGGGAGUACCCUUACAAAGGAGAUGACAAUUCUGAAAGGAAGAGCAGUAAUGGAGAGAUGAAGAGAUUAAAAAAUAAGGGAUUACCCAGGUAAACUAACAUUGUUUGAAAGUAUAAAUAUUGAGGCUACCAAAAGUUUCCAUUUUUGUAGUAAAAAAGGUAGUGUUAGAUAAAUGAUGUCACAACUUCUGAUCCUCUGGCUCUGUACUACUUUGGGAACAUUUAAAAAUCCAAUGGAGUUACGUGUAUAUUUGGAAUUUAGGUUGGAAAAGAUGACUGGAGGGGGGUCUCAAAAAGAAAGAAAAUGAAUAAGUGGAACUAUAUCAUACUACGAAGCUUCUGUGCAACAAAGGAAACCAUCAGCAAAAUGAAAAGGCACUCUACUGAAUGGGAGAAAAUACUUGCAAAUCAUAUAUAUUAUGAGGGGCUAGUAUACAAAGCAUAUAAAACUCAUGCAACUCAGUAGCAGAAAAACAAACCAUCUGAUUAAAAAUUGAGCAAGAUAGUUCAUUAUAGGUGUAUAAAAAUACCACCAAUUUCUGAAUAUUAAUCUUGGUUCCUGUUACUUGACUGAAUUCAUGUAUCAGUUCUAAUAGUUUUUUGGUGGAGUCUUUACAGUUUUCUAUAUACAGUAUCAUGUCACCUGCAAAUAAAGACAGUUUUACUUCUUCCUUUUCAA